ACCCAGAACUUGUUUAACUCUUCUUCAAUGGAAGUAGCAGAAUUAGGAGCUGAAUUCAUAAGAAAUGGGCCAGCUUUCGCUCUUCCGGUGGAUUCCGAUCACAAGGCGACCGAAUUGAGGUUAUAUUCGUGUGCUCACCCACAUAUGAGGGCGUUCCACUUGUCAUGGGUGUCUCUCUACGCCUGCUUCUUCUCCACUUUCGCCAUCCCUCCUCUGCUCCCAAUCAUCCGUGACAAUCUCAACCUCACUGACGCCGACAUCGGCAACGCUGGAAUCGCAUCUUUCAUAGGUUCUAUCUUCUCUCGCCUUUCAAUGGGCCCCGUCUGUGACCUCAUCGGGCCUCGCCACGCCUCUGCAACACUCUCUCUCCUUACUGCCCCAAUCGUCUUCGCUACUUCUCUCGCAUCAUCAGCUCAAGCCUUCAUCCUUCUCCGAUUCCUUAUUGGAUUCUCACUUGCCAAUUUCGUCGCCAACCAAUUCUGGAUGACUUCCAUGUUCUCCGGCCGCAUAGUCGGCCUCGCCAACGGUGUCUCCGCCGGCUGGGCUAAUGUCGGUUCCGGCGCUACACAGCUCGUGAUGCCACUCAUCUACUCCCUCAUCACCAAUCUCGGGGUCACAUCUUUUACGGCUUGGCGUGUCGCGUUCAUUAUCCCGGCGACUUUUCAGGCUGUGACGGCGUUGUUGGUAUUGGUCUAUGGCCAAGACUUGCCGGACGGAAACUACGGGGAAAUCCGGCCCCGGCGAGCCAAUGAGAAGCCCAAAGAUAGCUUUCUUGAGGUUCUGCAUCACGGGCUCAGGAAUUACAGGGGAUGGAUACUGGGUUUGAUAUACGGAUUCUGUUUUGGGGUAGAACUGACGAUCGAUAACAUAAUUGCCCAGUACUUUUACGAUAGAUUUGAUGUUGAGAUUCGAAUUUCAGGAGCUAUUGCGGCUAGCUUCGGAUUGGCGAAUAUAGUGUCUCGGCCGAUGGGAGGAAUACUAUCAGACGAGAUGGCGAAAAGGUUUGGGAUUCGGGGGAGACUCUGGAGCUUGUGGGUAGUGAUGACUGUGGCCGGGUUACUGUGUGUAUUACUCGGACGAGUCAACUCGCUCGCUGUUUCUAUAAUCGUGAUGUGUGCUUUCUCGUUCUUUGUUCAGGCUGCUUCCGGGUUAACGUUUGGAGUGGUUCCUUUCGUCUCUAAAAGGUCACUAGGGGUGAUAUCAGGGAUUACUGGGAGUGGGGGAACAGUGGGUUCUGUUACAACACAGCUGCUAUUGUUCUCAGGCUCUUCAUUCCCUAAGGAAACAGGGAUCUCUCUCAUGGGUGCCAUGAUGGUUGUUUUUAGUCUUCCUGUCACUUUAAUUUACUUUCCUCAAUGGGGUGGCAUGUUCUGUGGCCCAUCCAAGUAUCAGAAUGCCAUUGGCCAAGAUUACUAUUUACUUGAAUGAGGUUUUGAUAGCCGCCAUCUGGUUGC